GACGUCAGUUUCCCUCCUCUCGUGAUUUUUUUGGGGGAGGGGGGACUUUUUUGGGGAGGGGAUACAAAGUCGACUGCGCCCCAGGGGAAAAUAGCAACAAGAUUACGGCUUCUUUAUUCUGGAGAUGAAGCCUAAGAAGGUGCUAAUCCAAAGGAUGGCUAAUUGAGGGGUUGUAAAAAUGAUAUUGUCUGCAAUUCCGGACAAAGUAAUUUUUUUCUUCCUCCCUCUUAAUACCCCGUGGAUGAGAAUUUUUUAAAAAAUCCUUGGGAUGGGGGGUGGGGUGUAAGAAAGAAAGAGAGAGAGAGAGAGGAGCCGGCGGACUUCACUCCAGAAAAGGACUAGAUCCCUGCUUUUCAAAUCUCCUUGGAGCCUCCGAGAUUUGUCGAUUUCAGUUCCAGAAGCUACUUCUCCCUCCAGGAUGCAAGCAGAGGUGGCCCGCAAUAGCUAGCAGAACUGGGUUCUGUCCGGGACACUUUGCCAAGUUGUGUGGCAAGCAGCAACAGCCCCCUGGGGAAGGAGACAAGCAAGAGAUUGGGAUUCAAGAUCACACAGCCAGCAGCUUCAGUGGAGAAAAACUAUCUUGCUGGCACCUCUUUUUAAAGCACCAUCAUUCCAAAUCAGUGCGCUCUUACACUAUUGACAGGAGCUUUGACAACCAGCCAGGAUGCCUCAUAAAGAGGGAAGACUUUAACUAGUGACACGCAGAUGUGUGAAUCCCUAAAUUGUAUGAGAGGACAGUCCACCCAGAUUUCAGAAUACUAUAAGCGAGCCACGUGGGAUACUGCUCUAUCAAUUCAUCAUGCAGAACAGUCACAGCGGAGUGAAUCAACUCGGCGGUGUGUUUGUCAACGGUAGACCACUGCCCGAUUCAACCCGGCAGAAAAUAGUGGAACUAGCGCAUAGCGGGGCUCGUCCGUGCGAUAUCUCCAGAAUCCUGCAGACCCAUGCAGAUGCAAAAGUCCAAGUGCUGGACAAUCAAAACGUGUCGAAUGGAUGUGUGAGUAAAAUUUUGGGCAGGUAUUACGAAACUGGCUCCAUCAGACCCAGGGCAAUCGGAGGUAGUAAACCAAGAGUAGCGACUCCAGAAGUUGUAAGCAAAAUAGCGCAGUAUAAACGAGAGUGCCCCUCCAUCUUUGCGUGGGAGAUUCGAGACAGAUUACUAUCAGAGGGGGUCUGUACCAACGAUAAUAUACCCAGUGUAUCGUCAAUAAACAGAGUUCUACGCAACCUGGCUAGCGAAAAGCAACAGAUGGGUGCAGAUGGGAUGUAUGACAAGCUAAGGAUGCUGAAUGGGCAGACAGGGACAUGGGGCACGCGACCCGGAUGGUACCCCGGUACCUCAGUGCCAGGACAGCCUGCGCAAGAUGGCUGUCCACAACAGGAAGGAGGAGGUGAAAACACAAACUCCAUUAGCUCUAAUGGAGAAGAUUCAGAUGAGGCCCAGAUGAGACUUCAGCUGAAAAGAAAGCUGCAGAGAAAUAGGACAUCCUUUACCCAAGAGCAAAUUGAAGCCCUUGAGAAAGAAUUUGAGAGAACCCAUUAUCCUGAUGUGUUUGCCAGGGAGAGACUAGCUGCCAAAAUAGACCUACCUGAAGCAAGAAUACAGGUGUGGUUUUCCAAUCGGAGGGCUAAAUGGAGAAGGGAAGAGAAACUGAGGAAUCAGAGAAGACAAGCCAGCAACACACCCAGCCAUAUUCCCAUCAGUAGUAGUUUCAGCACAAGUGUCUACCAGCCAAUCCCGCAACCUACCACACCUGUUUCCUCUUUCACAUCAGGUUCAAUGUUGGGCAGAACAGACACUGCGCUCACAAACACAUACAGUGCUCUGCCACCCAUGCCUAGCUUCACAAUGGCUAACAACCUGCCUAUGCAACCCCCAGUACCCAGCCAGACCUCCUCCUACUCUUGCAUGCUGCCCACUAGUCCGUCAGUGAAUGGGCGGAGCUAUGAUACGUACACACCUCCUCACAUGCAGACACAUAUGAACAGCCAGCCAAUGGGAACCUCUGGAACCACUUCAACAGGUCUUAUUUCACCUGGUGUGUCAGUUCCAGUUCAAGUUCCUGGCAGUGAACCUGAUAUGUCCCAAUAUUGGCCAAGAUUACAGUAAAACAUGUGUUUAUUCUGUAAAUGACUAUAUGGACAACAGUUGGAUGUUCAGCAGUAUUUUAUAAAGGAAGAAAGACUUCUGUACUGCAACUGUGCCCAAUUCUGUAACACACGGAAAAGACUUUAACAUGGACCUUUGUACACUGAAGGCAUUAUAUCAGUUGGAACAAAUCUUCAUUUUGGUAUCCAAACUUUUAUUCAUUUUGGUGUAUUAUUUGUAAAUGGGCAUUUGUAUGUUAUAAUGAAAAAAAAAGAACAAUGUAGACUGGAUGGAUGUUUGAUCUGUGUUGGUCAUGAAGUUGUUUUUUUUUAAAAAGGAAGCCAUGAUCAACAAGCUUUGCCACGAAUUUAAGAGUUUUAUCAAGAUAUAUCGAAUACUUCUACCAAUCUGUUUAUAGAUUAUGGACUGAUGUUCCAAGUUUGUAUCAUUCCAUUGCAUAUAAUUAAACCUGGAACAAUACGCACUAGAUUUAUGUAAGAAAAAUAUCUGUUGGUAUUUCCAAAGGUUGUUAACAGAUGAAGCUUAUGUGCAAACAAGGGGUAAACGAGAACUUGGAUGAAGAAAAGCGUUUGAUAGAUAAAAGGUAGAUUGUGUCUUCGAUAUAAGCCAAUUUGUUUUAUGUCAAAAUGUAAGUAUUUGUCUUCCCUAGAAAUCUCCCAGAAUGAUUUCUAUAAUAAAGUUAAUUUCAUUUAUAUUUGACAAGAAUAUUCUAUAGAUGUUUUAUACACAUUUUCAUGCAUCAUACAUUUCUUUUUUGGUCGGCAAAAGUUAAUUGUUCUUAGAUAUAGUUGUACUAUUGUUCACAGUCCAAUCAUUUUUGUGCAUCUAGAAUUCAUUCCUAAUCAAUUAAAAGUGCUUGCAAGAGUUUUAAACUUAAGUGUUUUGAAGUUGUUCACAACUACAUAUCAAAAUUAACCAUUGUUGAUUGUAAAAACCAUGCCAAAGCCUUUGUAUUUCCUUUAUUAUACUAUUUUCUUUUUAACCUCAUAGUGUGGUGUUGCAAAUUUUGUUACCUUAUUAGGUUAACAUUAUAUAUUGACUGAGUGUUAUUUUGAAUUUAUUUUCAAUUUUCAAUAGUGGAGGUCCUCAAGGAAAUAACUUCAUAGAUGUUAUGACUCAAGCAUGCUGUAAUUUGGGUUGAACACAUUAUAAAUUCAUCUACAUUCAGAGAUCUAUACAAAAGUCUGCAUCUAUAACUGUAUUUAUGGAAGAGGAAAACAGUUUCAAUCGGCAUAUAGAUUUGUAAUCAAGUGCUAAACGAACUCAACAAUAUAACAGAAUUUUCAAUGGGGACUAUGCUUUGAUGUAUGCUGGUCAGUACUUUUGAGAUAUGUAGAUAUAUAUCUUGGCUUUAAAAAAUAUUUAAUUUAGAAUGUUUUAAAAAAACAGUUGGGUUUGUAAUAAAGGCAAAGUUCUUUUGGAAAGCUAACACCAGUCCUCCAUACUGCCACACAGCAUAAUCUUAGUGUAGUUUUCCACUGAACCUAUAACUUGGUUAAUAUCUCAACAUGCUUUAUGCGAGGGUUGCUAAUGUGGAUGUGGGUGGAGAGCGGCAUGUCAAGAAAUAAUGAGAGAAGACAAAUCAACAGGCAACAACAAUGCAAACUGUGACUGGCUAGUGAAAGCUAAAAACCUUUAGUUAUUGGCAGCUAAAUCUAAACAUUUCCCCAUCUAUGAAACUGUUUCACCGUAGUCCAGUUGUUACGUGCAAAGCUGCAAUGAAGAACAGAUGUGAUGCUUAAAAAAUACACAGCGAGUUUUGAGGCUGUUAUAAUUUGUGGUCUUGUGCCAUCACACACAUAAGUAGAUACAGAAAACACUUCUCUGUACGCUUAAACUAACAGAAGUUGUGGUGUUGAGUGAAUUACUACACUGCUGCCAGGAUUAAAGGCAUCUAAAAACACAGUCCUUUAGGAUAAAGAUAUACUACAUUCAAAGCACAUGAUUUUAAUACAAGAAAAUUAAAAAUCUGACAUAAGCAGAAAUGUAUAAAAGCUAGACAACGUUAUAUUAAAUCUUCCUUUUUACUGAUAUGGCUAUUAUAGUUAAUGGUUAUAAUUGCACAGAAAUCACCACUUAUAAAUAAAUUAUUGAUAUAAAAGGGAGAUUUUUUUUUGUUUAAAAAUUCUGCCAUUUAAUAACUGUAGCCCGCAGAAAUAUAUAUUCUUUUAUAGAUGGACAUCUGAAUUUUAAAUACAGAAUGCAUUGAACAUGCCUGU